GUACGCCUGCGCAUUGGUAGAAAUUUGGACAUGUGACUAGACGAAUCCGAAACACUUCCUUGUCCGCAUUCGUCCACAUUGGAAUUACCGUAUUUGUGUAUAAACUAGAGAUUCCGCGUAGUGUUUGUAUGCGACGUGUUGGUUUAUAGGGCAUCUGCCGUAAGGAACAGUAGGUAACAGAACGUAUAAACCAGACAAGCCGGUUAUAUAAAUGAGUAACUAUAGCCGGUUACAGAACUUGGAUUUGGCCCGUUCAGAGUGGCCAAGUGGAGUGAUUUGCAAGCUUGAUUACAACUGCAGACUUGUAGCUAUUUACGUGUAACAAACUAUACGUGUAGUAAAUUUCUUGUGAAAUUAGAAGUAGGCCAAUUACGCUUAAAAUUUGCGAGAGUGGUAGCUAAUUACGGUAACCUUUUGUGACUAAAAAGACUGGUAAACCAACCGGUGAUCUAUGCAUUUUGCAAACUCAAUUUGCAAAUUAUAUUUAGUCAGUCCCAGCCCUUAUGGUUAGGCUGUCUGGAUAUCUUCUUUCAUUGAUUCUUAGUGUUCAGUCUCCUUAAUAUCCUAACCCAUAUGGAAGAACCUGCGUGUCAAACUUUGAAAGGACUGGGACAUUGCGUCGUUAAAGAUGCUCCACCUUCUGUGUAUUACUUUCCAGAUUACAUAACAGAGGCAGAGGAGGCAUAUCUUUUGCAACAGGUAUACAGGGCUCCAAAGACCAAAUGGACCCAACUGAAAGGCAGACGGCUCCAGAACUGGGGUGGGUUGCCCCAUCCAAAAGGUAUGCUUGCUGAAAAGCUACCUGAAUGGCUACAGAAGUAUGCUGAGAGAAUCUCUGCCCUCGAUAUAUUUGCUGGAAAAACUGCCAAUCAUGUCCUGGUGAAUGAAUACAAUCCAGGACAGGGUAUAAUGCCACACGAGGAUGGGCCACUCUACUACCCCACAGUUUCCACAAUCAGCCUUGGGUCUCACACUGUCCUAGACUUCUAUCAUCCCAUCAACAGUGCCCAGACCGACGUCCCACAAACGGAAGAAAGCCGCUACUGCCUGUCCCUGCUGGUGCAGCCCCGGAGCCUGCUGGUCCUCCAGGAUGAGAUGUACAAGCAUUACCUGCACGGCAUCCAGGGAGUCGUCCAGGACACUCUCACAGACAGGGUGGCCAACCUGUCUCACGCUACCGCCUGCGCUGGAGACUGCCUGACCCGAGGCACCCGGGUUUCGCUCACUAUACGCCAUGUCCCCAAAAUUCUUAGAGCCGCCUUGCUACUGGGGAAGAAGUGAUGGGAAGACUGAGCAAGAGAAAUAGUCAAAUGGAAACGUGAGCCUGUUGAGAAUUCUGGCCAGAAUAUCUCGCCCUUCACCAUCUCUGUAUGCCAGUAGCAUCCUUUCAUCAUUGUCCUUACAUCAAACUUUGCAAAAAUGUAUUUCAAGCCAAACGCCUGCAGAUUAUGGUUCCUCUACAUCAUUGUGGAACAUUUGUGGAGCUUUGCCUCAUAAAUGUCCAUUGUUCAACCACAGUAAUAACUACGUUGUCAUAACAUUGAAAGGUUAAUUCUUUCAGCAGUAUAACCACAGAAAAAGACAAGUAUCUGUAGCGGUUUCUGCAGAGGAAACGCCUCUUAUAUGUUGUAGAUGCUGUUCCAGCUCACUGGUUCUAUAUGACAUGAGCUAGUUUUUUUUUUUUUUAGUUUUUUUUUUUUAAAGCAGAACAUUCAUUGUGCUGUUGAUUUGUUUACCUUGAUAGCUAGCUCAAACAUUCAAAAUUUUGCUUUCAGUGCAAAUAUACUUUCAUUUUUUGAACCAAGUUAGCCUGAUUUUUAUCCCUUUUCUCCCAAUUUGGAUUGUCCAGUCAUAUUUAUCGUCCUUUCUCAUCAAUACAGUGUUCUUCACCAAAUAAAAAAAGUUCAUGCAUGCACUCAUUCUAUUCCAAAUUGCAUAUUACAUAGUAUAGUUGCAGUAAGAAAAAUAAGCUGAACCUGUCAGUGCCUGAUGUGGGUCUACAGCAGGCCCACCUAGGGAAAAAGUAAGUCCCAAUAGGCUGAUUCAAAAUGAUUGAUAAACAGUAAGUCCAUUCAUGUUGUAUGAAUCCCAUCUUAAUACACCAAUAUGCAAGGCCAUCUAAUAGUAUGCAUACAGUAGUAUAGAGGGAAGAAAAAUCUUCAUUCCUUCUCUCAACACUGAUUGAAUAUGGGUUAAAACACACAAGCUCUCUACAUUAUUAGAAAUACGUUUGCUAACUUGCUGAGUUGUGUAUCCUGAGAAUGAAAGGAGUUAGGUUAGCUAAAUGGUAGCCUCAUUUGUGACGCUUAUAAUAUCUGAGGCUGACAAACUUAACAUAACUCCAACCAGUCGGGGGUGUGCUUUGCGAAUAAACCAAUGAACAGUACUUCAGGGAAAUUACUUUGAAACUUGUGUAGGUGGCUCUCUAAAUGGCAUUUCUAAGUCUAAGCACUCAGCUGGUGCUUAUGUGUACAAUGUCCACAAUGGAAUAUGGAGUCAAUUUUGUGCCAAAAGUA